UUCGCGCACACGUGGUCUUCGGCUACUAUGGUCACCGGCUGAGUCGAGCUUGAGCGCCUCUCGCGUCUCUCGCGUACAGUAUGACCCGCACGCGAGAGUCGCACGGACCGUCGUUCGGUUGUCGUAAGUCUUGUUUCCGACGUGUUCGCUCGCCGCCGUCGUCGCUCUGCAGCUCCAACGAGUGCUCUCCGGUCGAAUUUUAUCAACUAGGAUCAGUUUUCAAGAAUCAUCGACACGAAAAUAGAAAAAGAAAAGUCAGUCAUACAUAGUUUAUAUUGUUGAGAAUUACGACAAGAAUGAUAAUGAACGAGACGAAAGAAAAUCAUUAUAAUUAUUUUAGUAAAUAUUUAUGAAGUUUAAUUAAGAAGAUAAGUAAGAUCACUUACUUAGUAGAAGGUCAUACUUUCUGAACACUAACCAUAGCUAUUUAAAAUAGUUAAGAAAAGUUUGGAUACUAAAAAACCGCCAUGAACUAAUCAACUCAAACGUACAUAUAAAAGCAUAACGCUCAGCGGCCAUGUCAUUGCAGAAUAACCUGUACGAUGACGACGGCGGCGGUGGAGGCAAGAGUAGUCAGAUGAAUUUGACUGCGGGAAAUGCGUGGGACAACGACUUCAUUAUGCCCAAACGGGACCCUCUGUUCAUAGUCGUGCCCAUGACCAUCAUGUACUCGGUGAUAUUUGUGACGGGUGUGAUAGGCAACUCGAUCACCUGCAUGGUGAUCGCCAAACACAAAUACAUGCACACAGCCACCAACUACUAUUUGUUUAGUUUAGCAGUAUCCGAUCUCAUACUGCUGGUGUCCGGGUUACCGCAGGAAAUGUGGUCCAUUUGGAACAGAUAUCCAUACGUAUUUGGCGAAAUAUUUUGUCAACUCCGGGGUCUGUUUGCCGAAAUGUCUGCCAAUGCUACUGUACUUACCAUAACCGCGUUCACGGCCGAGCGGUACGUGGCUAUUUGCCACCCAUUCAUGGCGCAGAGCAUGUCAAAACUUUCCAGAGCCGUAAAACUUAUCAUCAUCAUAUGGCUGGUCGCUGUAUUAUUUGCUAUACCCCAGGCGUUGCAAUUCACCGUCUCGUCGUGGAACGGUUCGUCAGAACUGAUGCAGUGCAAUAUCCGGAGCAUACUUCUGAUGAACACAGGCAUCGAACUGUCAACCGUGUCGUUCACGCUGUCCUCGCUGCUGUUUUUCUUGCUGCCAAUGACACUGAUAACCGUACUUUACGCACUCAUCGGACUCCGUCUCCGGCGCUCCGAUAAGCUGAAGCGAACCAUCACAGUACGAUCGACCCACGGCGAGAAAAAAAUGUCGUCGCCCGAGUACAGGGCCAACUCGUCUCCGAAAGUCCUCAAAAUGCUCGGUAAGUACUUGAGCAUUUCUAUAUUAUCAUGGUAUAAUACCAGUACAUACAUAUUUAUAACGAUAUAGAUUAUAGGUAAACCU